CUCUCGGCGAGGAGCCGAGAAUUUCGCCCGUCCGUACGUCGUCGUCUCGCGGUGCGGAAAAUCGGGUGAGGAGAGAGAAGAGGAAGAAAAGAGCGAGCGCGGUUUUCGUUUCGUUCUCUCGAUGUAAAAGUCGAGCGCGUCGUGGGAAACUCAGCCGGUGUCCUCGAUGCCGGUCCGCGAUCGUUAUCGAAAUCGGACGUGAGCGAGAUUCUCGCGCUGAGGCGGCAGUGUGCGCGAGAUUUCCCUCUCCGGAAAAGCGUGAGAAACGACCGCGUUGACGUGGAUGUUGGAAUUUCAGCCGGUGGUAAAGUGGAAUGAACGAUUUGGCUCUCGCAGCAAGUGCGCGUGUGAUCGGGAGUACUUUGAUGAAUUGAAAAUUAGGCGAUAAUUGAGAAGAUUGGAAACACAUACACACAGAGAGAGAGAGAGAGAGAGAGAGAGAGAAAGAGAGAGAGGAGAGAGAGAAGAUUUGGAAUUUUUUGGAAAACACACGAUCGACUGGUGCGCGCGACCAGCUGUAUCCACAACGAAAAAAACUCGGUCGAACCAUCAAUUACGCCUAUUAAAAGGCAAAACGAUUAAUACUGUUAAAACAAACUGGGAAAAAAGCUGAAACGCCAGAGUUUGAUACUAAAUACCCUUUGAAACGUGUUUUGGGGAAGAGAGAGUGUUAAGAGCGGAUGAGUGCCGAGACGGGACACAGAGGCGAGAGAGAUCGACGGAUCGUGUGCGAGCAACCCUGUGUAUAUUCGAUGUGGUGAAAAUUUUUGUGCUGUCAAAAAGUAGAACACAAUUUGCGCCAACUAAAAAGGCGGAACGCGCUCGCGUAGCGCUGUUGAAAAAUAGAGUCGAUUUAUUCAGGAGGGAAUUUCGCGUGCAUCGCGCUCAUCGGUUUCGAGUAUUUUAUCGUUUUUUAUGCGUGUUUUAUAUAUGUAUAUAUAUCAUCGUUUUCUCGUCUCUCUUUCUACGUGGCCGAUCACCGGCACACUUUAUACACGUUACAUUCUCCUGACAGUCUUUCCUAACGAAAAAUCCCCUCCGAAAUAUAAUACAGGCGGAUGAUUGAUCACGGCGGAAAUUGUGAAGCAGCACAAUAACAGCGGAAGUAUCGUCGCGCGAGUGUGUCCAAGUGCACGCACGCACACCUCGUGCGCGCGAGCUGGUCCACCGAUCUGUCAUCGCCAUUGUCGAAUCGCCUAACGGCUAUUCCUAAGCCACCCCCUCCCGCGCACCAAUCGCCGUAGGGAUAGUCGUGCCGCGGAGAAACGAUAAUCUCUCCCUCACGGAGAGAGAAAAGGUGGUGCUUCGUUAGGACGCGCGUUGCGCCAUUUCAGGUGCGAGUGCCUCGGAGGCCUCGCUCUCGAGUACUCUGGCGUGGCACCUCGAGGUGCUUUAACGCGGAUCUUCUCGGGGAAUCACGCGGACGAGGAAAAGUAUUCAAACGGACAUCAAAAGAACCGGUGAUUAAUGAACGCGGGUAAUUAAGAAACAUUAAGGAAGGCUGCCGAACGACUCCUCGAGAUCUUCGUACUAUUCGAAGAGCGUGUCGCUCACCCCGCCUCCACCCCCUCGAGAGGAUCCUCGCUGCCGGAGGACAUCGCCGCGGGGUUGGCGGUGGGAGGAGGCCGUCUACCCCCGAGACGAGAAUUAUUCAGCUACAGUGCGUUCUGCGGCGUGGGGAAUAAACGCGACAACAACGCGUCGGCGUAUUUUAACGAUAUAUCGAAAAUAAUCCGUGAUAAUCGAUCACGCGUUGUUACGCGGUGAAAUAUCGACGAAAUUCUGACGCCGAGAGAGAGAUCGUAUGUUUUCGAAUGUCCAUCUUUAUUUGCGCCGCGACACACGUCCGUUCGGAACGCAACAGUGAAUAAUCUGGACCCUCAUGCAUCUUCCCGGACGAGCGACGAACGCCGGAAUGUAAUCGACAACGAUAACCGGCUCCGAUAACAAAUCACGGCGAAGGCAGCGAGGAAAAAUUACGUGAAUCUGGGAAAAAAAAAAAACGAAGAGCAAAACGACGAAGAUAAGUGCAAGCGCGAGAAAAAAAACUGUAAUUCGAGAGCCGAUAGAUGCAGGAAGAUAAACGUAAAAUGAGUACACUCUUUAACACACAACGACGAGAGAGAGAUUCGAUAUAUAUAUAUAUAUAUAUAUAUAAUUGAAGGCAAUAUCUCCGAGAGAAGAUAAUCUGGCGAGAGUGGACUACCCACGUGAAAACAUCGCCGAAUAGUCGCUGGUUGAACUUGAUAUACGGACGUUCAAUUCAUUAUUCAAAGCGACGAUAUAUUUUAGUCGCGGAUCGAUUCGAAAAGGGGAUAAAUAUAGUGACGGUAAUAAGUGCGACAAAUAUUACUCCAGAAAUAUCGGCGAUUGCUGUACUGUGAAGGUUUGUCAAUAUCACUUCUAUUCUUCGUACUGAUUCGUCUAUCAAUAGUCCCCACCAUAUUGGUAUUUUGACAAAUCGUUUCGACGAAAGUCGUUCGUUUUUGCGCGCAGUUGUCUUUUUUUUUUUUUUUUUUUGAAUAUAAAAAUUCUGAAAAAAAAAGUACUUUUUUCAACGAUAAAUUUAAGUUCAAAUUUUGUAAAAAUACACUUUAAUCAAUCGAAAGUACCGUAUAAAACGAGCAGAGUAGCGACAAUCCUCUCGCGCUGACUUAGCAGUGAUAGAGUGCAACAAAACGCGGAUUAAGAGCGCGGUGAAAAACGCGAGCAUUUGUCAGCCAGGUACUUGGACGGUUUUCUUGGAAAGAAGAAGAAGAAUAAGAAGAAGAAGAAGAAGAAGAAGAGAAGAGAGUGAGUCUUCGAACUUAAAGGAUCGCGCUGCGAGAGCGCGUCCCGCACUUUCUCGCGUUCCGCUGCGCGCAACAGUUCGGGACAAAAGGUGCUGAAAAAAAGUCGGCGGGCCGUAUCUCGGAAGCGUGGAAUGACAAUAAGGAGACGCCGUAGCCGCGGGGUGGUAUUAUGCAUGGGACAACGGAUUUGAGCGCGACGGCGGCCAGUCGCCGCGCAGCUAGGGUGUCGGCGCAUCCCUUUCGCGGGAUGGCACUCGGGACACUGGCCGAGAUCGCGGUGAGACUCGUGAUUAGCGGCUACAUAUUCGCCGUGGUCGUCUACGUAAACGCCAGCGGCACCUGGGAUAAGGACAACGAUAAGGACAAUGCCCCGGUGUCUAAGUCUACAGUCAGCGCCGUACUCGGUCGUACCGCCACAUUGCCUUGCGACAUUGAGCCGUCCAUGCGAGAAGAUCGCGUCUACAUGGUACUGUGGUUCCGUGAUUAUUCAAAGAAGCCCAUUUACAGCUUUGACGUGCGCGGACGGGCGUUCAACAAGGCCCUGAACUGGUCGGACAGCAUCUCGGUGGGGCCCAGAGUCUCUUUUCACACGAUGACGAAGCCCGCCGCGCUCUCGUUGGAGGCGGUGCAGCUGGACGACGAGGGGAUCUACAGAUGCCGCGUGGAUUACAAGAACUCGCCCACCAGGAACUUCCAAGUGAAUCUCACGGUGAUCGUGCCGCCGCACCAGCUACUCAUUUAUGACAGUUCUGGGGUGCAGGUGGAAAACAUCGCCGGGCCAUUUCAGGUCGGCGUCGAGUUCGGCCUGUCCUGCGAAGUUAGAGGAGGAAAGCCCACGCCGGAGGUGAACUGGCUGGUGAACGGCAAGGAGGUGGACGGCAGACUCGAGGAGAGUUUCAGCCAGAACGUCGUCGUCAGCAAAUUGACGGUGCCGCAGCUGCGACGCGAGCACCGUAACACCACGUACAAAUGCCGGGCGUCGAACACGCACCUCAUUCCGCCCUUGGAGAAGACGGUGAUUCUCGACGUUUAUCUAAAACCGCUCAGCGUGAAGAUAUUGUCGAAGCUAGCGGUCAUGGAGACGGAGAAGGACUACUCCAUCACCUGCGAGGCGACAGGCUCGCACCCCCGCGCCCGCAUCACUUGGAUCGAGGGAAACGAGACGUUUCGUAACGGCAAGCAGGUAAUGGAGAGCGGCAACGCCUCGGUGGUUCUCAGCACGCUGAUAUUUUCCCCCGUCCCGGACGAUCACGGCAAGAUCCUCAAGUGUCGCGGCGAAAAUCCAGCCCUGACGGACGCGUACUUGGAGGACUUCUUCAAGUUGAAUGUCGUCUUUCCCCCGAAAGUACAGUUGUAUCUGGGUAGUACCCUGAAAGCGGAGAAUAUAAAGGAGGGCGAUGACGUGUACUUCGAAUGCAAAGUCCGUGCCAAUCCGGAGCAUCACAAGAUCACUUGGCGCCACAACGGCGCCGUGCUGACGCAAAACCAAUCGGCCGGCAUCAUCAUGAGCACGCAGAGUCUGGUGUUGCAGAGCAUAGGUCGCGACAACGCGGGUAACUACACGUGUCUCGCCAGUAACGAUCGCGGGGAAGCGACAAGCCCGAUCGUGAAUCUCAGAGUGCAGUUCGCGCCGGUUUGCAAGAUGAAGGAGGUGACGAUCAUCGGCGCCUCGUUGGAGGAGACCGUGAAGGUGCGAUGCGAGGUCGAGGCCGAUCCCAGCGAGGUGGAAUUCGAGUGGGAGUUCAACAACAGCGGCGAGAACUUCGAGGUCGCGCCAGCCAAAUACGACGACAACAACGGCACCAUGAACGAGCUCAUUUACACUCCCCAAUCCGAGAGGGAUUACGGCGCUCUGACCUGUCGGGGUAGAAACGCGAUAGGGAAGCAGGAGGUGCCCUGCAUCUAUCAAGUUAUUCCGGCAGUGAAACCGAAUCCACUGAAUAAUUGCACCAUCAAGGCGUCGCUCAAUCAGAGCUCGGAGAUUCUCGAGGUCGAGUGUGUGCCUGGAUACGACGGCGGUCUUCACCAGGAGUUCAGGCUCGAGGCGUACGAGGUGAUGACCGGAAAUCUCCGGGUGAACGCGUCCAGCGUGUCGGCCGAUCUGCCGAUCUUCCGAAUCGCCGUGGCCGAUCUUCUGCCGGCCACGCACUUCUAUCUGGUGACCUACGCCGUGAACGCGAAGGGUCGCAGCGAGGUGUCUCUUCUGGAGGACAUAAUGCUGCGGGAUUCGGAAAAGCACACGGACACCGGAGUCAGCAUGGUGCCGUUAAUCCUGUUGCUGACUGGCUGCCUGUUGGCAUUCGUCGCGACCGUGAUCUCGGUGAUGCUGAUGAUGUAUCGACGCCGCGGCACCACGUCUCCCGUGCACAUCGAACCGUACAUGAAGCAGCCGAUAAUCACGCCGCCGGAUUCGAGAAACAACUCGAUGUUGGACGUGACCCACGGUGACCACACGUACUUCGUCGAGUAUACGCUGAAGCAGGUCACCGAUUACGCGCUCAAUAAUCAGCCGGAUAUCAUACAGUCGCCACAAGAUCAGGAAAAGAUCAAACGCGAGCCGCAACUUUUCUUGCCAGUAAGACCGGACACGUUAUUUGCGCCCUACGAUAUUCACAAGCAAGGGUUGCAGACGAACAGAUGCAGCUUGAAUCCGUUCUCCGCCAAGUCCUGGGAACCCAUCAGCUUCAAGGCCGAUCGCAACCUGAUGAAGGAGAUCAUCAUCGCCAAUUCCAUACCAGGUCCGGAGAGCUGCGUGUAAACUUGAUCGCGGGAGUGAAUCGAGACGCAAACACACACACGCACACGCACACAUACAUACACGUUCAUAUCAUCGUACACAUAUACAUGUACAUGAAUACAUAUCAGAGACGAUCGAUUUCGAAAGCCUGAAAAUUGCAUCGCGCGCGCCGGUCGAUGCCACCGACAGGCACACGCGGAGCACCCAACGCAAAGUCAACGAAUUUCGCUUGUUAACGUGCGCGCCGGUGUGACAUAUCACGAUGACGAUAUCGUAGCAGACAUAUCAGCAUAUCGUAGCAUAUCGUGGCGCGCCACGGUCUCUCUCCCGUGAAGAAGAAGAUCAUCAAGAAUCUCGGAACCUCAUCGCGCGAGAGUGGGGCGCGAGAACGGGACGAAAAAAAAAAAAAAAAAAAAAAACGGUCGCGAGUUCUCUCGCGAGACGAUUUAGUCACAUAAUUUAAUAAGCGAACGCUACACGUGAUGUGUGUACUAUUCCAAGUUUAAUAUAUUUUGUGUCAAAUCUUAAACAAAACUCGUCAUUUAUUCGUACAACACACCUGUACGUUGGACACUACCUCUUCCUUUAUUUAUUUAUUUUUUUU